AAGAUCGAGACCUCCCAUCAGAAUGAGAACAAGUUCUUCGACGACAGCAUCUACUAUAAGAUCAAUUGGUUGGGCGAUCGUCACGAGACCAUCACCGACGACAUCCACCAACACAUCACCGCUUUUGCCGAUAAGUCUAAUGAACCCAAAGAUCUGGUCCACGACGACCACACGCUAUACAUAACGACGGCGUCGCACGAGAAGUAUGUCUGCGUUUUGCCACAAAUCGAUUCACCCACGACAGUGGACUCCAGCGACAAGAAGACAGACUCGGAGUUAAGUGCCUAUCAGUUGCUGAAGCCGUUGUUCGCGCGGGAGGUCUGCUCCUAUCGGUUGGAGCAGUACUGGACGUACGAGAUAUGCCACGGAAGGUAUAUCCGACAGUUCCACGAAGACGCCAAUCAGCAAAAAGCUAAACCCGGCGCGACACAAGAGUACUAUUUAGGGAAAUACGAGUUAUCGCGGCUACAGUCCAGCGAACAGCAGUUCGACGCAUACCUGCAACGGUUGGCCAAA